CCAAAAUGAAAGUAAUGAUAAUAGUCAUAAUGAUAGUCAAAUUCAUGAAGUUGAUAGAGCUGAUAGUUUGGAAGAUUCUGCUAGUGAUGAAAUAAAAAAAACUAAAAAAACAGUUGGUAGACCCAAAGACCCUGUAAAUAAUGAAUAUAUUAAACUUGGUAUGCAAGAUAAACAUGGACAUGUAGCAAUGAAGUGUAAAUAUUGUGAAGAUGUUACAUCAAAAGGACAGCCUAGUGAUAUGAAAUCACAUUUAGCAUUAGAAUAUAUUGAUGAACAGCUUAAACAGCUUGAAAAUUUAACAUUAA